AUGAAAUACUUCAUCGCCAUCGCUCUGCUCGCCGCCGUGGCCUCGGCCGGUAUGAUCAAGCCCACCCCUGUGGCCUCUGAGCUCGCCGAGCUCCAGGAGAUCGUCGCCGCCAUCAACAGCCCCAGCACCGACCCCGCCACCGCCGCCGCCCUCGAACAGAUGCUCCUCGAUGCUCUAGGCAUCAAGCACGAGCCCGUUGAUGUUGGACCCGCCAUCAUUGACUCCCACCCCAUCUCUGUUGGCCCUGCCAUCAUCGACUCCCACCCUAUCUCUGUUGGACCAGCCAUCAUUGACUUCCCCCUUCCCGAUGGUGGUGUUGUCGCUGAGGAGCCCGUCGUCCCCGGCCCCGCUAUUGUCGCUCCCGCUCCCGCUGAAGUUGCUCCCGUCGCUGCUACCAGCACUCCUCUGGUGCAGAUCAUCCUGAACAUCAACCAGGCCGCCGCUGAGGCUAGCCCCAUCGCCGUUGGACCCGCUGUCGCCCCCGAAGCCAUCGUGCCUGAGCCCGUCCACAUUGUGGAGGUCGCCCCUGAGCCCGUCCAUGUUGUCGAGGUUGCCCCCGAGCCCGUCCAGGUUGUCGAGGUCGCCCCCGAACCCGUCCAGGUCGUUGAAGUCGCCCCCGUGCCCGUUGAGCCCGUCGUCAUCGGAGUCCCAGUUCUCCCUGAACCCGUCGUCGCCCUCCCUGAAGAGCUCAACUAA